GGAGAGUUGCAGUCGAUAGUGGUUUACUUUUUAGUCUUCAUUGAUUCCAACGUCAACCAACAAGCGACUGACUAGUAGCGACUAACUAGUAACUAGUAGCGACAAACUGGUAGCAUUACUUACUGCCUAGUUUUCAAAAGAAAUCAGUUUAUUUUUUAAAAUGAGUGACAAUAAUUUCCUUAUUUUACCUGGCCCUAGGGCUUUAUCUAACUUUAGAGUUAGUAGUUUGAUUCAAGAAAUUGAAAAGAAAUUGAAUCAAACUUCGAUUAUUGAACAAGUUACAUCCAGUUAUACUCAUUAUAUUAGUUUAAAAUCACAAUUAACUGUUAAACAAUUGGAAUUAGUUAAAAUCUUAUUAACUUAUGAUUCACCAAUUGAUGAGACAAAUGAGUUAUCUCAAGAAUUAAUUCAAUUAUCUACCAUUGAUGGAGAUAAUAUUAAUAAUAUUGAUAAUAUUAAUACUUUUAAACAAUUAGAUUCUAAUCAUAUUCUUAUUAGAAUUUUACCUAGACCAGGUACAAUUUCUCCAUGGUCUUCUAAGGCAACUGAUAUUGCUCAAAUUUGUGGAUUAAAUGAUCAAAUUGAAAGAAUUGAACGUGGUUUAACUUUAUUAAUUAAAACCAAAAAUGUUUCAUUAGUUAAUCAUAUUGAUUCUCAAGGUUCUAUUUUAACUACGGUAUUUGAUAGAAUGACUCAAACAUUAUAUAUUGGAGAUAAUGCUCCUAAAUAUAAUGAUUUAUUUGCUCAUCAUCAUCCAAAACCAUUAGUUCAUGUAGAUAUUAUUUCAAAUAAAGAAAAUUUAUUAAUUGCCAAUAAAGAACUUGGUUUAGCCUUAGAUUCAGGAGAAAUUGAUUAUUUAAUUAAUGCCUUUACUGAUGUAAUUGGUAGAAAUCCAACUGAUGUUGAAUUAUUUAUGUUUGCUCAAGUUAAUUCUGAACAUUGUCGUCAUAAGAUUUUCAAUGCUGAUUGGACAAUUGAUAAUAUUGAAAAGGAUUUUUCUUUAUUUAAAAUGAUUAGAAAUACUCAUCAAAAGAAUCCUCAAUAUACUGUUAGUGCUUAUUCUGAUAAUGCUGCUGUUUUUGAAGGUCCAGAAGGAUUUGUUUAUACUCCAGAUUUUAAAACUAAACAAUGGAAAUCAAUAAAGGAAAGAGUUCAUACUUUAGUUAAAGUUGAAACUCAUAAUCAUCCAACUGCUGUAUCACCAUUUGCUGGUGCAGCAACUGGUUCUGGUGGAGAAAUUAGAGAUGAAGGUGCUGUUGGUAGAGGUUCUAAAUCUAAAGCUGGUUUAGCUGGAUUUUCAGUAUCUGAUUUAAAUAUUCCAACUUUACCUCAACCAUGGGAAAGAGAUAUUGGUAAACCAAAUCAUAUUGCUUCUUCAUUAGAUAUUAUGAUUGAAGCUCCAAUUGGUUCUGCUGCUUUUAAUAAUGAAUUUGGUAGACCAGCUAUUAAUGGAUAUUUUAGAACUUUAACAACUGAAGUUGAAAAUCAUGAAGGUAAAAUUGAAGUUAGAGGUUUUCAUAAACCAAUUAUGUUGGCUGGUGGUAUGGGUGCCAUUAGACCUGAUUUAGCUCUUAAAGAUACCAAGAUAACUCCAGGAUCUAAAUUAAUUGUAUUAGGUGGUCAAUCUAUGUUAAUUGGUUUAGGUGGUGGAGCAGCUUCAUCUAUUUCAUCAGGUGAAGGUUCUGCAGCAUUAGAUUUUGCAUCUGUUCAAAGAGGUAAUCCUGAAAUUCAAAGAAGGGCUCAACAAGUUAUUGAUGCAUGUGUUUCUUUAGGUAAAUUUGGUAAUCCAAUCCAAUCAAUUCAUGAUGUUGGAGCUGGAGGAUUAUCUAAUGCUUUACCAGAAUUAGUUCAUGAUAAUGAUUUAGGAGCUAAAUUUGAAUUAAGAUCUAUUUUAUCUUUAGAACCAGGUAUGUCACCAAUGGAAAUUUGGUGUAAUGAAUCUCAAGAAAGAUAUGUAUUAGGAGUUAAACCAGAAAAUUUAAAAUUAUUUGAAGAAAUCUGUCAAAGAGAAAGAGCUCCAUUUGCAAUUGUAGGUGAAGCAACUGAAGAACAACGAUUAAUUUUAACUGAUUCUUUAUUAAAUUCUACUCCAAUUGAUUUGGAAAUGUCAAUCUUAUUUGGUAAACCUCCCAAGAUGUCAAGAACUGCCAUUACUCAAAAUUUAUUAUUAAAACCUUUUGAAACUUCUAAUCUUAAUUUAUCAGAAUCAAUUGAUAGAAUUUUACAAUUACCAAGUGUUGGUUCAAAGAAUUUCUUAAUUACUAUUGGUGAUAGAUUUAUUACUGGAUUAGUUGAUAGAGAUCAAAUGGUUGGUCCAUGGCAAAUUCCUGUUGCUGAUGUUGGAGUUACUGCUACUUCAUUAAGUUCUGAUUCAGUUUUAUCAACUGGUGAAGCUUUAGCAAUGGGUGAAAAGCCAACUUUAGCAUUAAUUUCUGCUUCUGCAUCGGCUAAGAUGUCUGUUGCUGAAUCAUUAUUAAAUAUUUUUGCUGCUGAUAUUACUUCUUUAGAUCAUAUUAAAUUAUCAGCUAAUUGGAUGUCUGCUGCUUCUCAUCCUGGUGAAGGAGCUAAACUUUAUGAAGCUGUUCAAGCUAUUGGAUUAGAUUUAUGUCCUGAUUUAGGAGUAUCUAUUCCAGUUGGUAAAGAUUCUAUGUCUAUGAAAAUGAAAUGGGAUAAUAAAGAAGUUACUGCUCCAUUAGCAUUAACCAUUACUGCUUUUGGUCCAGUUGAUAAUACUUCUAAUACUUGGACUCCAGAAUUACAAAGAGUUGAUGAUUCUAUCUUAGUAUUGGUUGAUUUAGCUACUGAAGUUAAAAAAGCUUUAGGUGGUUCGGCUUUAGCUCAAGUUUAUAAACAAGUUGGUGAUUCUGCUCCAACUGUUCAUUCCAAUUCAAUUUUAAAAUCAUUUUUACAAUCAUUGGUUGUAUUACAUAAACAAUUUGAUGUAUUAGCUUAUCAUGAUAGAUCUGAAGGUGGAUUAUUCACUACUAUUGUAGAAAUGGCAUUUGCAGCUAGAAGUGGUAUUGAAUUAAAUAUUGAUAGUAAUGAAGAUUUAUUUAGUGAAUUAUUCAAUGAAGAAUUAGGUGCUGUAUUCCAAAUUACUAAAUCUGAAUUGAAUAAAUUCGUUGAUAUCUUUAAGACUAAUGGUAUCCCAUCUCAAUAUGUUAAGGUUAUAGGUCAACCAAAUUUCUCUAAACAAGAAAUUACUAUUAAUUAUAAUGGAAAAUCUGUAUAUGCUAAUAAGAGAAGUACUUUACAAGAAUUAUGGAGUAAUACUUCUUAUCAUAUUCAAAAGUUAAGAGAUAAUCCAGUUACUUCAGCUCAAGAAUAUGAAGCCAUUAAGGAUGAUCAAGAUCCUGGUUUAUCAUAUCAAUUAACAUUUGAUCCAAGUAUUAAGAAAGAAUAUAAGAGUAGACCAAAAGUAGCUAUUUUAAGAGAACAAGGGGUUAAUUCCCAACAAGAAAUGGCUCAUAGUUUUGAACAAGCAGGAUUUGAAGCUUAUGAUGUUCAUAUGUCUGAUAUUCUUGAAGGUAGAGUUAGCUUGGAUGAAUUUGUUGGAUUAGCUGCUUGUGGUGGAUUCUCAUAUGGUGAUGUUUUAGGUGCUGGAGCAGGUUGGGCUAAAUCUGUUUUAUUUAAUGAUAGAGCUCGUGAAGAAUUUAGAAAAUUUUUCCAAGAUAGAGAUAAUACUUUUGCAUUUGGUGCUUGUAAUGGUUGUCAAUUCUUUAGUAGAAUUGCUGAAUUAAUUCCAGGUACUGAAAACUGGCCAACUUUUGAAAGAAAUUUGAGUGAACAAUAUGAAGCUAGAUUUGUAUUGGUAGAGAUUCAAGAAAGUUCUGAAAAUAAUUCAAUUUUCUUACAAAAUAUGAAGGGGUCUAAAUUACCAAUUGCUGUUGCUCAUGGUGAAGGUAGAGCUAGUUUCAAAGAUGGUAAAGAUUUUGAACAAUUUAAUAAGGCUGCCAUUAAGUAUGUUAACAAUUAUGGACAAGUUACUGAACAAUAUCCAUUUAAUCCAAAUGGAUCUCCAAAUGGUAUUGCUGGUAUCACUAAUUCAAAUGGUAGAGUUUUAGCAAUGAUGCCACAUCCAGAAAGAGUUACUAGAAAGGAAUCCAAUAGUUGGUAUCCUAAGAAACAAGGUGAAGCCUGGGGUUCUUUAGGUCCUUGGAUUCAAUUAUUCAAGAAUGCUAGAGAAUGGGUAGGUGAAAAUUAUUAGAUCUAACCAGUACGUAAAAUGUAUAAUAACAAAAUAACAAUUAAUUAUAAUUAAUAAACAAUUAGUAUAGUAAAUUAAAUUAAUAUGAUGACUAAGAGAAGUAAAUAGUAGUGUCAAUUAUAUAUAUAUACAGUC